UGGCUGGGGUGGGACAGGGUGGCCAGAUAAAAGCAAAGCAGGACCUGGAAUGCUGGUUUGUAUGGGCUGAGUCUGCCGCUGAGCUGCAUCAUGGUGCGGUCUGUGGUCUGGGCAGGUUUCAUGGUCCUGCUGAUGAUCCCAUGGGGUUCUGCUGCAAAACUGGUCUGCUACUUCACCAACUGGGCCCAGUACAGACAGGGGGAGGCUCGCUUCCUGCCCAAGGAUGUGGACCCCAGCCUUUGCACCCACCUCAUCUACGCCUUCGCUGGCAUGACCAACCACCAGCUGAGCACCAUUGAGUGGAAUGACGAGACUCUCUACCAGGAGUUCAAUGGCCGGAAGAAGAUGAAUCCCAAGCUGAAGACCCUGUUAGCCAUCGGAGGCUGGAAUUUCGGCACUCAGAGGUUCACAGAUAUGGUAGCCACGGCCAACAACCGUCAGACCUUCGUCAACUCAGCCAUCAGGUUUCUGCGCAAAUACGGCUUUGAUGGCCUUGACCUUGACUGGGAGUACCCAGGAAGCCGGGGGAGCCCUGCCAUAGACAAGGAACGCUUCACAGCCCUGGUGCAGGACUUGGCCAACGCCUUCCAGCAGGAAGCCCAGACCUCAGGGAAGGAACGCCUCCUUCUGAGUGCAGCGGUUCCAGCUGGGCGGACCUAUGUGGAUGCUGGAUACGAGGUGGACAAAAUCGCCAGGAACCUGGAUUUUGUCAACCUUAUGGCCUACGACUUCCAUGGCUCUUGGGAGAAGGUCACGGGACAUAAUAGCCCCCUCUACAAGAGGCAAGAGGAGAGUGGUGCAGCGGCCAGCCUCAACGUGGAUGCUGCUGUGCAAAUGUGGCUGCAGAAGGGGACCCCUGCCAGCAAGCUGAUCCUUGGCAUGCCUACCUACGGACGCUCCUUCACCCUGGCCUCCCCGUCAGACACCAGAGUGGGGGCCCCAGCCACAGGGUCUGGCACUCCUGGCCCCUUCACCAAGGAAGGAGGGAUAUUGGCCCACUAUGAGGUCUGCUCCUGGAAGGGGGCCACCAAACAGAGAAUCCAGGACCAGGAGGUGCCCUACAUCUUCCGGGACAACCAGUGGGUGGGCUUUGAUGAUGUGGAGAGCUUCAAAACCAAGGUCAGCUAUCUGAAGCAGAAGGGACUGGGCGGGGCGAUGGUCUGGGCACUGGAUUUAGAUGACUUUGCCGGCUUCUCCUGCGACCAGGGCCGAUACCCUCUCAUCCAGACGUUGCGGCGGGAACUGAGUCUUCCAUACGUGCCUUCAGGCACGCCAGAGCUUGAAGUUCCAACACGAGGUCAGCCCUCUGAACCUGAGCAUGGCCCCAGCCCUGGACAAGACACGUUCUGCCAGGGCAAAGCUGAUGGGCUCUAUCCCAACCCUCGGGAACGGUCCAGCUUCUACAGCUGUGCAGGGGGGCGGCUGUUCCAGCAGAGCUGCCCGGCAGGCCUGGUGUUCAGCUCCUCCUGCAAAUGCUGCACCUGGAAUUGAGUCCCUAAGGCCCCUCCAGUCCCAGCUUCGAGGCUGGGCCCAGGAUCACUCUACAGCCUGCCUCCUGCGGUUUCCCUGUGGGCUGCGAUCUGGCUCCUGCAGGCCUCUCUGUGGUCUUCCUUUACCCAGGCUUUCUGCUCUCAGCCCUGCCUUCCUUUUUUCUGGGUCUCCUGGGCUGCCCCUUUCACUUGCAAAAUAAAUCUUUGGUUUGUGCCCCUCUCCCCAAA